GUCUUACAGCCCUAAAGCCCAGACUUUUGUUCAACUCUCUACUCCUCAUCCAUCCAUCCACCUUAAAUCGUGAGAUUAACUGCCUAGGGUAUAUAUAUAUCAACCAGCUAAGACUUCUAAUCUAAUCUCAUCUCGUCAUCGACACUUCUUCCGCAUUCAUGGCGUCGUCUUCGGCGAGUACACGCCCUCGCAUUGUCAUAUACCACCAAACCACUCACAAUCCCGACGGCAGUCUUAUUUCGAUUUUGCCGCUGAUUACACAACCCGAUAUUUCACUUACGCAUAUAAUCGUAGCCGCAAUUCACAUCAAUGAUGACCCAGAUAAACUAACACUCAAUGACCACCCUCCGUCUGACCCGCGCUAUGUUACCACGUGGGCAGAGUUACGUAUUGCCCAGGCUAGUGAUAUCAAGGUUAUGGGUAUGCUAGGUGGAGCAGCCAAAGGUUCCUAUGCGCGCCUAGAUCAGGACCAGGCGACCUUCGAGACCUACUACGGCCCACUUUACGAUCUCAUUCGAGAAAGGGACCUCGAUGGCCUCGACUUGGAUGUGGAGGAGAACAUGUCCCUCUCGGGUAUCGUUCGUCUGAUUGAUAGACUUAGAGCUGAUUUUGGUCCUGAUUUUAUCAUCACUCUUGCGCCAGUCGCCGCAGCUCUUAUUGAUGUAAGACGCAACCUCAGCGGCUUCGAUUACGAGACGCUGGAGGUGAUGCGUGGCAAGCAAAUCGCAUGGUAUAAUACUCAGUUCUAUUGUGGAUGGGGUGAUGCUAGCAACCCAGUCAUGUAUGAGAUCUGUGUCGCAAGAGGCUGGUCUCCAGAAAAGGUCGUCAUAGGCCUUGUCACAACGCCAGAUAACGGUCCUGGCUGGGUACCCUUUGAGAUCCUGAAACCCACGCUCGCAUUACUUCGUCGCCAGUUCCCGACAUUCGGAGGCGUGAUGGGCUGGGAGUACUUUAAUGGUCAGCCGGGAGGCAAGGCUCGACCUUGGGAAUGGGCACAACGCAUGACAGAGCUACUAGGUAACCCUCGGAUCGAAAAGACACAGAACGCAAUCGUUCAACAUUCCGAGCCUAUUGAGAUUGAUCCAGAUGUCGAAAAUGGGCCAAAACUUGAAACGCCACAAAAUUUCGAAUAUUAUUCUGAUGGUUCAAUUGAAGAUGAUGGAAAUUGAGCUGGAUUUUAGACAGUGAAUAGAUGGCCAUGGCUCAUCGAAAUUUCAUCCCAAGUCACAACCACAGGAUUUGAACCAAAAAAAGGGAAAAGAAUAAAAAGAAAAGAAAAGAAAUUUACUUAAUGACGUUUUAGUGAAUUUAUCGUUCCUGAUUCACUCCUUCUUUCAAAUAGUUCGGAUGAAAAAGGGAUUCACUGGGUAAGGAAACGAGUCAGUAUUUUUACUAAUUCUUGUUUGAUUGGGUGAGUUCAACAGACUAGUAAGAAUGGCAGCUGCUCACACUUGCGUUG